UCGAGGAGAAUUAUGCGUGGGGCGUGCGCGUGCGCGGUGGUGUGCGCGUUGGUGGCGCUGUGCGCGGCCGAGGGGCUGGACGAGGCGGACCGCGCCGCCGCCGAGAGGCAACUGCUGGCGCUGCUGGGCCUGCCGCGCCGGCCGCCGCCGCGCACCCGGCCGCUGCCGCCCGUGCCCCGCGCCAUGCGCUUGCUGUACGACGAGCGGAACUCCUUUCCUGCGGCAGCGGCCAAUACGGCACGUUCUUUCUACCACACGUCCACCGAUCUCGACGAUCGCUUCCCGGGCGAACAUCGCUUCCGCCUAUUUUUUAACAUAAGCGGUGUCCCCUCUGACGAAGUCGCUCGGGGCGCGGACCUCACGUUCCAAAGGGCCGUCGGUACGACGGGUAAUCAGAGACUGUUACUUUACGAUGUUGUUCGACCUGGUCGACGAGGGCACACCGAGCCCAUUUUGAGACUUUUAGACUCUAUACCUCUUCGUCCCGCCGAAGGUACAGUGACUGCGGAUGCUCUUGGAGCCGCUCGAAGAUGGCUCAAAGAGCCAAAACACAAUCACGGACUAUUAGUGCGUGUUAUAGAAGAGAAUUUUGAAAGCAAAAAUGCUAAAUUUCCUCAUGUGCGUGUUCGAAGACGAGCAACGGAAGAGGAGGAGGAUUGGCAAGCUGUUCAGCCUUUGCUUGUGCUUUAUACAGAAGAUGAAAGAGCGAGGACCGCUAGAGAAAGCGGUGAAAAGCGUUUAGCGAGAAAUAAACGCGCUGCACAGCGAAAAGGUCACCGUGCCCAUCAUAGGCGCAAAGAAGCACGUGAGAUUUGUCAGCGCCGGCCGCUAUUCGUGGACUUCGCGGAUGUCGGCUGGAGCGAUUGGAUUGUAGCCCCGCAUGGUUACGAUGCAUACUACUGCCAAGGCGACUGUCCCUUCCCCCUCGCAGAUCACUUGAAUGGCACGAACCAUGCUAUUGUGCAAACUCUCGUUAACUCUGUGAAUCCUGCAGCAGUACCGAAAGCGUGUUGCGUUCCUACGCAACUUUCCUCUAUAUCAAUGUUAUAUAUGGACGAAUUGAACAAUGUGGUGCUUAAAAACUACCAGGACAUGAUGGUGGUCGGUUGUGGCUGCCGAUGACAAAGGCGCAUAAGCCUAGUGCGAACAUAGUGAUAAAACGUGGACCCAGUGUACAUAUAGAAGUGGCCUCCAAAAUUGUACAUAUUAUAUUUGUAUAUAAACUCGUGUAAUUAUUA